UAUGGAUGAAACAUUAAGAUAGUCACAUGGUUACCAUUCAAAGUUUCAUCACAUGUUAGUUUUAUGACAAUUAUUGCUUGACCUUGUAAUAUAAUUGUACGUUAUGAUUGUCGGGCCAUUCAGAAGGAUACUUGAAAGCUCAUCAAAACUGCUAAAAGCUAAUUUUUGUGUAAAAACGGAAAACAUCAUUGACGAGCUUAAAAGCAGCUAUGAUAGUCUUACUCUUGAUGAUUUUGCCAAAACACUGAGAAGUCUAAGCUGUUUCGAUGAUGUCGAUAAAACAAAUGUUGCAGACUUUAUUACACAUUUUGAAUCCACAUCUAGAUUUGAUGAGCUUGUCGCCUCGCCUGUGCAUGCUGCCUCCAUCCUACAAAGUGCAUUAACAUUGGAGAUUUGCCCUGAAAAACUCAUCAAUUCAGUAAUUCAAGAAGACUUCAUCAUAAAAUUUCCAGAUGAUCAAUGGCAACUUAAAGCGUUACUUGCUGUGAAGGAUACCUUAGCGAUUGAAUAUCAUGACAAGUACGGUGAAAGGAUUAGGCAACUGGAUGAACUGAUCAAAGCCAAAAAGUCAUUUAAACGAUGGUCAAUGGAACAGCUUCUACCCAUGAAACCAAUUGAUCAAAGCUAUUCUCAAAAGCUGUCAGUUUUAAUUUACCUCGCUUGUAGAGAGUAUUAUCCAAAACAAACAAUUUCUCGCCAUAUUCUUUCAUUUUGUGUUUCUCCUGAGAUUAUCAUCUGUAAUACGAGAUUCAAUCCAAUCAUGACGGACAAGGAAAUUGAAGUCGCACCCAAUGUAAUCAAAGAUGCAACCAUUAUUCGUCGAUUCAAAGAUAAUAAUAACAAAGAGUUUAUCAGUGAUCUCAAGCUAAGAAAUAGGUUGCUGGAAAAAAUGGGUUUCAAAAUAUUUACAACAGAACCAUUGCGAAUCAACAGGAAAAGUACUUUCAAUUAUUUCAGAAAAUCGCUUCCCAUUAAAGUUGAUGGUUGAACUGAUCAAUAUUGUAUUUAGUUUUUAGACAUUUUAUGGUCAAAAGAAGAUGUUUAUAUGUUUAAAUUAUGUAUUAUAACUUUAUUGAGAAGGUUUUAUUUUUUCAACCAAAAGAAUUCAUUACAUGUAAAAAUGUAGAUUUUUCACUUGAAAAGGUAAUUUGCAUAAUAUAAAUAUUGAAUUAAGAUGAAAA